GACGCACAGUGCAGUCGAUCGGCUAUAAACUCAAUUGCGUGCGCCUCCCCGUCUCUGCUUCAGUUCCAGCAGUGCCUCUCUCCCCCAUCAGCACCAUCGCAAUCAGCAUAAUGACCUUCACAUUUUCCAUGUGAAUGGUGCCUGUCUGUGUUUUUGUCCGCAGUGGUUCUUGCGCGCAUUGCUGUGGAGGGGUACGUAUACCUGUGCUGCAUCACUGCAGACUUUGGGGUGACAGCGCGUCCAUACGUUUGGGUGUACUGUGCUUGUGUUAACAACCAUGGCGAAAACAGUCACAUCAUCGGGCGCAAUAACAGGUGAAAAGAUGGCGACACCAUCCAUCACUCCACUCUCUGAAAAGAGAUCUUCGACAAAUGGUCACAGCUCUCCGGCCCGUACUGGCAAAACUAUUACAAUGAGUCCAGCUCCAUCAAACUCAGAGAAGAAGCCAUACAUGAAUGGUCACUCAUCACCUUCAUACUUAGCAGCCAACAUGAGCAACAGCCAUGGAGGUAAACAAUCUCCGGACACUCACAAGACAGAUGACAGGAUGCGUUUAGCCAAAGAGAGACGUGAGGAGAGGGAGAGAAGCCUGGCUGCCAGGGAGCAGCUGAUCAGAGAGAAAGAGCACAGAGCUCGGCUCCAGUAUGAGCGCACAGUGGAGGAGCGCUGGAGGCGGCUGGAGGAGCAAAGGCAGAAAGAGGAGCUCCGCAGAGCUGCAGUGGAGGAGAAAAGGAGGCAGCAGCUCGAGGAGGAGAGGGAGCGUCUCGAGGCCUUGAUGAAACGCUCCAUGGAGCGAAGCCUUCAGCUGGAGCAGAGGACAAAACGCUGGGGCAGGGGGUGUCCUACAGGAGCAGGUGACAGUGAGAAUGCCCCACUCCCUUUCUCUGCUGCCUCCGCCUUUUCCCAUGGCAUUGCCUCCCCCCUUCCUGCUGUCAGCGAAUCUGCUCCCUGCAGCCCUCACAGGUCACCUUUCUGCAACUCGCUGAACCCUGCAGAUCACAGCAGAGCUGGACUCCAGGGAGGCUCGCAGUCAACUCCCAACACCCCCAAGAAAGAGCGCCUGCGCAGAGAGAGAAGAACUGCAUUCCCAGGUUGUGGCUCCCCUGUGAGAAGAUCGGAGUCCCCUGCAAGUGUCACCAAGCUCCACUUGACUUCCCCUAAUUCCUCCAACAAGAUACCUCCACCUGUGUGCAGGCUGGCAUCUAAGAUGCGUGCCAGGUCUCCUAGCAACGCACAUAGGUACCAUUACUCUCCCACAAGGCAUCAGCCCAACAGGUCAAGUGACGACAGGAAAGCAGAAGAUAAGAAGGUUGAAAAAAACUGUGAACCGUCAAAAACUGAGACGCCAGUGAAAAAGAACAACAUCAAUGGUGUGAAUUCAUCUUUACAAGCUGAGCAGAAUGUGGUCAGCGUUGACAUUGCUAAAGCCAAAACCUCCAAAGGUGAACAUUUUAUUAAAGGGGACGCGCUUGAAAAAAAUCAGUCCCCUGAGAGAAAGAACCAUAUGUUUCCCACGGUGGAUUCCUUAGAGAAGAAGACACAGAGCAACAUUCAGGAAGAAGAAAAGAAAAAAGACGCAGCACUGUGCAUGUCCACCGGGAAGGUGGCAGCUGGCACAACAAGUGCGGAAGAGGCUACCAGGUUGCUGGCAGAGCGUAGGCGUCAGGCUCGGGCUCAAAAGGAGCUAGAGGAGAAAAUUCGAGAGCAGGAGGAAAGACUGAAGGAGGAGCGGCUAAAGAAGCAACUUGAAGUGGAGCAACAGCAGAAGGAAAAGAAAGCUCAGCAAGUGAAGGAAAAUAGGAAAAAGGAGGAAGAUCUUCAAAUUUUGAAACAAGAAGAAGACAAGCGAAAGAAGGAACAGCAGGAGAAGGAGCUACAGACCCAGAUGGUCAGAGAAAAAGAAAACGCCAAAGUCCAGGCUCAGGAGGAUGCAGAGCGUCAGCGGCAAGGCAGGGAACUGCAGACCCAACAAGAAGAGGAGGAGCGGCAACUAAGAAAAAAGAGAAUUGAGGAGAUCAUGAAGAGAACAAGGAAGAGUGAAGCUGACUUGAAGACGGAGGAGCAGGUGGAGACGAAGUCUGUCUCCCCUCCAGGGGAAGUAAAGAAUAAUUCUCAGGUGAACGAGCAAGCAAUCGAAAAGGCUGAGUUUCAGGUGAAAGAGCAGCUCACAGUCCACGUCAAAACAAAGGCAUGUGCCCCUGUGAAAAAAGAAGUCGCAGCAGCACAGGUGGACAUUCAGAAGAGUGCACAAGUUAAAAACAACACACACCUAACGACACCAACGCACAGUGUUCCUGACAAGAGGCCUGACACAAAACAAAUCAGUGAAGAGCGCAGCAGCCAAUUCAACAAAGACGCCAAUGCCUGUGCUCUCAAGCAGCAGGGCAGGGCGGUGGAAAUGAAUGUAAAUAAACAGCACAGAGCAAAUGUUAAAGACCAAGAGAGCAAAGUGUCAACAAAGCUGGCAGCAGAUGCCAAAGUUAACCAAGGAGAGGGCAGCAUGAUGAAUAGAGCAGCGAAGACAAGCAGUCAUCUUACUGCUGAAGUAAGCAAACAGCAAAGUCUGGAGGUGUCAACAGCUGAGACUCAAGUAAGGGCUGAGGCGGGGGUUAGUAGGCCCGCUUUGGCACCUCUGGCAGUGCGGCAGUUGUCCCCACCAGUCAUCAAGUUGGAGCCUCUAGAUGCAGAGUGCACGGGGUCUUGUGAUGAAGUGCAGUCAAUGGAGGUCAGUCCCGCUUCAAAGGAAGAACUUAUCUCAAUCCCAGAGUUCUCACCCGUCAAUGAAAUCCAGCUCUGCAGCAUGAGUAUGAGUAACACCCGGGCUCUUGAAGACCUGAUGGACCUGACAGGAAGUGUCACCUACGGCAAACUGUCCACUGAAAGCAACAUAGGCGACUGCAACAAGAACCUCAUUGAGGGAGUUGUUAGUCCCAUGUCAGACUCAAAGCUCACUGGGUUGUCAACUCAAUCCUCAGACAAACUUAGCAUCCAGUAGCUCAUUAGUUUAUUUCUCCUCCUCCCUUGCUCGUCUUCUCUCUCUCAAUCUGUGUGCUGACACACACACCCACAUACACACACACUUGCAGGAUGCCAAUUUAAAUACCCUUGUGUCACAGUUAAGGGAAUAAAGCCAUAGAACAAGGACUUAAAAAUGUAAAUUAUGACCUGCAGUAUUAACUAACUCUUUAGCCUAAUCACAUAGCAACUGAAAUGAUGUGUUAAUUUUGACUGAGUUCUUAUUACGAGGGUGCAUCAUCAACUUACAUUACCAGGCUCUGUUUUCAUCCUACACAGAUUCCUCUCUGUGUUAAAGUCUCUUCAAAGCAUCUUGGCUUCAUUUACAGUGUACCUCGUACCUUUCCACAUGCCCUCUGAAACCUUUAAAUUCAGUUCAUUGUGCUACUGGGAAAGGCACGAUUAUUUCAUUUUAUUUCAUUAUUUCACUACAGUAUGUAAUCUUCUUCAUGCAUGUUCUGAUGAUUGAUUUGGGUGAAAUGUAUUCAACUGAUCAGGCGAGCUGCUAAUCCAGACAGUUUUACUGCAAUCACCUUCUCUUCCUGUCCCUGUCUUUUUGUGACACUCUUUAGUUUUUUUCAUUUCCUGCCAAUGAGUUGAUUCUCUUUCUCAUGUCUGAUCUCGAUCUGGAACGUUCUAACUGCAUGUAACUGGGAAACAUGAGUCUGCUGCUGUCAUUUGAAUGUUAGGAAAUAUUAUGUAAAAUAAUUUACUUGGACAAUAUUGCUAACCAACCAAGCAAGGCACAUUUUAUUUGAGAACUCCACUGACAAAAAAAUGAUUUACACUGAUGAAUAUGUCACUGAAUAUAUAGCUGAGCAACUUUAUGUCAUUUAAAAUAUUUUCUGUAAGAGUGCCUUGCUAUGUCAGUGCCAACAGAGCUAGCUGACACAGACAAGCACUAGAUUUAACUCAAUAGAUAUCUGGUUAUUGAUGUAAGCCUGAAAUGAAUUGAAGGAAGAAUACUGAAGCAGGAAUGUUUUCUUAAUAACGAACCUGAAACCUGUAGCGAUAAAAACUGUCUGUUGUUAAAUGUUCUCUUUCUAUAAUGUUAUACUCCUGUAUGGUCCUGUAUGCUGUGCACUUCUUGACAAAAUUCAGUGACAUUCAUUUUCAAAAUGAAUGUAAAAAUGUAACUUAAGGGACUGAGCAGUUACUGUAUUUCUGUGUUUUCUGUUCAUUUGGCCAGUCGAAUAGCCGUGUGUCACCUCUAAUACUUGAACCUUAGUUUGAGAUGCAUCAUCUUCACCAUUCUGCAGAUAAUUAUGCCGACAUGUGUACCCCAAACAAGACACAGGAACAAAUGAGAGGCAUUUUAAUGAUCUUGAUCUUAUUCAAAGCAGUAUUUGGAAGUUAAGAAUUGCUUCAUAAUUUCAGAGGGCUUUUUGCAAAGAGGAUCGACUUAUGCUGAAACCAAACAUGUGUGGAUAAAAUGAUGCAAACAACCACUUAAAAACUUUCACCUAUUCAUGUAGAGAAAUUUUAUCACAGCCAAUGUGAGCCUUUAAGUUACACAAUCACUGAGACAUGGUGCAUGGUUAGCAUGGUCAUAUCAAUUUUAUCUGAAACAAUAAAGUACAAAACUGAGAA